CAUGGGUAUGCAUGGCACAUUUGGUUUCUUCUUCUCCAUUCCAACAUCGUUCCAAUGAACGAAGAAGUAUAAAGGCUUGUGGUUCCAUAUUGGCAGAAACGGUUAGAUUGGCUUGCAGCACCAUAACCACCACACCCAUUCCCGAGGACAAGAGAUUUGCUUACAACUACGAUGAUCUUUUAUAUCCUGAUUUGAAUCUUUUAAGUAAAUCAUAUGGAUUUGCGAAUCCGAGAUUGGCUUCUUCGUUCCUCUCCCAACAGAAUAAGAAGAGAGGAAUUGUAGACGAAUGCUGCCGGAAGAGUUGUACUUUCGAACAUCUUCUUCUCUAUUGUCCUACGUAAUCUACUAAUUAAAUACAUUUUUUGUAAUAUUUUUAAAUCGAAAUGCGAAAAAACGUGAACUAAUUUGAAUUGGAAACGUGAUUGAAUCUAAAUUUUUGUUUAUUUGAAAAUAAA